CCGAAAUUGCAAAAGUCGGAAAGUGUUUGGGUUAGUUUGAUGAUUAGGCCGAAUUGAACUAAGAAGUGUGUGUGUGUGUGUGUUUUCUUUGUCAGCUUAAACCUAGCAAGCAAGAAGCAACCAGUGUAAGCAAGUUGCCAGAAGCCCCUACUAUAACAAUCUGCAGCUUUGAAUAGGUUAAGAGCAAAGUCAGCAAAAUGGGAGGCGGAAGAGGCAGAGGAAACAGGUCACGAACUCAGAGAAAACACUUCCGUGAUGGCCGAGAAAACAUUUGGAAACGUCCCAAAUCUGACUCUUCCGAUCCCACCAACACCACCGAUAAUCCUACCUGGCAACCGUUUGCCACUCAGAACUUGGCCUUCGAUGAAUACUACAAGGAGCAAGGGAUAGUAGCUACUGAAGAAUGGGACACCUUUGUUGAAGUUCUUCGAAAACCAUUGCCUGCUGCUUUCAGAAUCAAUUCCAGUAGCCAAUUUUGUACGGAUAUUAGAUUGCAGUUAGAGAAUGACUUCAUGCGAUCUCUUCAAGCUGAGGUUGCUGAUGGUGGUGAAGUGGAUGCUAUCAGACCAUUGCCUUGGUAUCCUGAUAAUCUUGCUUGGCAUUCCAAUUUUUCUCGAAUGCAACUAAGGAAGAACCAAACUCUUGAGAGGUUUCACGAGUUCUUAAAACUGGAAAAUGAAAUUGGAAACAUCACUAGACAGGAGGCUGUCAGCAUGGUACCUCCUCUCUUUUUGGAUGUUUGUCCUGAUCAUUUUAUACUUGAUAUGUGUGCUGCACCAGGUUCAAAAACAUUUCAGUUGCUGGAGAUUAUAUACCAAUCAACAAAACCAGGAUCACUGCCCAAUGGAAUGGUUAUUGCUAAUGACCUUGAUGUUCAAAGAUGUAAUCUUCUCAUCCACCAAACAAAAAGAAUGUGCACUGCUAACUUGAUAGUCACAAAUAAUGAAGCUCAGCAUUUCCCUGGCUGCCGUGCAAACAAAAGUUGUACAAAAGCUUCUGAAAUUGAGUUUGAGCCUCCCAUUGGGCAACUUCUUUUUGAUCGCGUCUUGUGUGAUGUUCCCUGUAGUGGAGAUGGCACCCUUCGCAAGGCUCCUGAUCUGUGGAGGAAAUGGAAUUCAGGGAUGGGUAAUGGGCUACAUGUCCUACAAAUUCAGAUAGCAAUGAGAGGCAUGUCCUUGCUUAAAGUUGGUGGAAGAAUGGUUUAUUCGACCUGCUCAAUGAAUCCAGUUGAAAAUGAGGCUGUUGUUGCUGAGAUUUUACGGAAGUGUGGAGGGUCUGUUGAACUGCUUAAUGUCUCCAGUGAGCUUCCUCAACUUGUUCGCAGGCCAGGUCUAAGAAAAUGGAAGGUACGUGAUAAGGGUAUCUGGUUAUCCUCCCACAAAGAUGUCUCCAAAUUCCGCAGAUAUGGGAUUCUCCCCAGCAUGUUUCCUUCUGGAAGAAGCUAUGUUGCCCCAGCAGAGAGUGACCAUAAGCAUGAGAAUGGUGGUAAUAAGAUUUCAGAAGAUGAGCCAAUGGAGGAUCCUAUGGCUUCAGAGGACUCAAAUGAGGAAGUUUCUGAUCUCCCUCUAGAACGUUGCAUGAGGAUAGUGCCUCAUGAUCAGAAUAGUGGGGCGUUUUUCAUUGCUGUCUUCCAUAAGCUAUCUCCUUUGCCAGUCAUUCCAGAGAAACCCAGUCGAAGAGGAAAUUUGAAUAGAAAACAUGAGCCGGAAGAGAAGUCAUCAGAUCAGGAUACUGAAGGUAAUAAUGGAGUGGAGCUAAAAUCAGAAGAGGCAGCAGCGGAAAGAUUUCCUGAAGCAGCUUCAGAAGCUGAUUUAAUUGAGAAUGAACUGGACAGCACUGCUUUAGAACCUGAUUCGUGUAAUACAUGUGGCGAAAAUGAAUCAGGGAAAGCCCAAGCAUUGGUUAAUGGGGAGACUCAGUCUAGCAACGCUGUGGGGAAGAGAAAGUUGCAAAUUCAAGGCAAAUGGAAAGGGGUUGAUCCUGUUCUUUUCUUCAAAGAUGAAGCCAUUAUCAAUAGCAUAAAGGCAUUUUAUGGUAUUGAUGAAUCAUUUCCAUUCAACGGUCACUUAAUCUCGAGAAACAAUGAUAAUAACCAUGUGAAGAGAAUAUACUAUGUUUCAAAAUCCGUGAAGGACGUUCUUGAACUGAAUCUCCUUGUCGGCCAACAACUUAAGAUAGCUUCAGUCGGCUUGAAGAUGUUUGAGCGACAAACAUCGAGAGAAGGUACUUCUGCUCCAUGUUCAUUUCGGAUAUCAUCUGAAGGAUUGCCAGUGAUUCUUCCUCACAUCACCAAACAGAUUCUAUAUGCCUCUCUAGUAGACUUCAAACAUCUUUUACAGUAUAAAUCUGUCAAAUACACGGACUUCGUUGAUGCCGAGUUUGGGGAGAAGGCAUCAAAGCUACUGAUGGGUUGCUGUGUGAUAGUUUUGAGAGAUGGCAAAAUUUUGUCUGAUCCAAUCCAGGUGGAUGCUUCAACAAUAGCCAUUGGCUGCUGGAAGGGUAGGUCCAGUUUGAGUGUGAUGGUCACAGCAAUAGACUGCCAAGAACUGCUAGAAAGGCUUUUAGCACGCAUGGAUACCGGAGAAGGCUCUUCAGUGCAAGAAAGCAUCGCUGAGGCCUGUGAAGCACAGGACGAUAUGAAUGGAAUUGAAAAGGUUGAGGAUACUGAAACUACUGAACAAGCUACAGUUAGCUGAAGUAUUCACAAAUUUUGACCUUGUACACUAAUUGAGUUGCACUGGCAUUAACUGAUACAGCAUAGAAGUUCUCUUUCGGCUUUCUGUUGGUUUGAAAUUUCAGUGUACUUGGUCCUUUCUUUUAUUUAGAAAUGGCCAAUCAUUUUUUCUGUAACAUUUAAUAGAGUUCAAAUUUCACAAUGAGCUGCAAAAGUUAUGCAGCUGAAUACUA